AAGAAAAUUCCUUGCUCUGAACAAUAGUUAAUAUCUAUUUCAUCGUGCCGACUUCUAGGCCAUUCUCACCUUAAAUAUAUAAACCAUCUCCUGAAAACCUUCCCUCUUUGUGAAAAAAGCCAUGGAAGAGAAAUUAGAACAAGUCUCUCUAACUUCAUUAUUCCAAGAGGACGAAACUGCUCAUCUCCUUCAGUCAUGGGAGAGAUAUGUGGAAGAAGUAGAAGAGAUCAUAGGGUACAAAUUCAAGAAUUCUAAUUUGCUAUAUCAAGCUUUUACGCAUUCUUCUUUCCAACAAAACUGCUGUGAUUCAUACGAAAGGCUUGAAUACGUGGGCGACUCUGUGCUAAAUCUGCUAAUAGCAAAAGAGCAUUACUUUCUUCACCCUGAUCUGCCUCCGGGAAAGUUGACACGGCUGCGAGCCGCCAACGUUGAUACAGAAAAACUCGCUAGGGUAGCCGUCAAAUACGACUUUCAUAAAUAUUUACGCCACAAGAAACCUCUACUUAAGGGACAAGUGGAAGAAUUCAGAGAUGCAACUUUAGAGUAUCCUUUGCAUUCAACAGGCCUCAUUGAUCCCCCAAAGGUGCUGGCUGAUAUAGUUGAAUCACUCAUUGGUGCCAUUUAUAUUGAUUGCGAUUUCUCCAUGGAUACAACUUGGCAGGUUGUAGAAGGUUUGUUGCAGCCUCUGAUCACUCCAACAAAUCUGGAAACUCAUCCAGUUACAAAAUUCUACGAGGUUUGUCAGAAAAAUGGAUGGAGAGUUGAACUUGUUGAUAAAUGGGAAGAAACAGGAGAAAUUGAAGUUUUUGUUGAUGGAAAAUUUGUGGGAAAGGGAAAAUUUAGUGGCAAAAAAUUAAUUGCUUUAAAUAGGGCUGCACAUAAUGCAUAUUGCCAAAUUGUCAAAAACUUGAGCGUGGAAGCUACUAGUGAUAAUAGUGGCUUGUAAUGAAAUACAAAACUAAUGUAUGCUAAUCGCCCGUGUAUAUAUAUAUAUAUAUAUAUAUAUA